AUUUGCGUGAGAUACUGCGUCGUUGAUGCUAGAUUUGUUUCGAUCGGUUGCGACACCCAAGCAGUAACAUAACCUCCACAGUUGUUUACUUGAGAAUGAGUUUAAAAGGCUGACUGAAGAAACAUUAAGCAAGAUGUCUGUUAUAAUCGAGACCACGUUAGGGGACAUAACAGUUGAUCUCUUUACUAAACAGAGGCCUUUGGCUACUCUCAAUUUUCUCAAACUAUGUAAGCUUAAAUAUUACAACUAUCAUCUCUUCCACACGGUUAAUUCUAAGUUCGUUGCGCAAACUGGCGAUCCCACCGGCAGCGGAGACGGUGGAUCCUCUGUGUUUGGUGUUGUUGAGGGUCCAGACCAUAAAUUCUUCCCCAUCGAGAAAACACCCAAGAUAAAACACAAUCGACUUGGCCUGCUCUCAUUUGUAGGCAAUGAGAAAGCUAUGAUUGCCUCACAGUUCUUUAUCACACUAUCUGAUAAUCUAGCUUUCCUUGAUGGCAAACACUGUGUGUUUGGGAAAGUUGUUGAAGGAUUGGAUGUGCUUGAUUUACUCAAUGAGGCAAUUUGUGAUACAAAAUUCAGACCAUAUGUUGACAUUAGAAUAACUCACACUGUAGUCUUGGCUGAUCCUUUUGAAGAUAUAAAAGGAUUGGUUGCUCCAUCACGUUCACCGUCGCCCACAGCUGAGAGAUUACAGGGAGGCAGAAUUGCCCCUGACGAAAACAUUGAUGACACUGCAGGCAAAGACAUGGAUGAGAUUACUGAGAUGACGGCUGAAAGAGAGGCUAGGGCGCGUGCAACAAUUCUUGAGAUGGUCGGCGAUAUACCAAAAGCUGACGUUGCUCCGCCUGAGAAUGUUCUGUUUGUUUGCAAGUUGAAUCCAGCCACCACUGACGAAGACUUGGACAUUAUAUUUGGUAGGUUCGGUAAGAUUGUGUCAAGCGAGGUCAUUCGCGACAGGAAAACAAAGGAAUCUAUGCAAUAUGCGUUUAUUGAAUUUGACAGUCCGAAAGCAUGUGCAGAAGCGUAUUUAAAAAUGGACAACGUGUUGAUCGAUGACAGACGCAUUCACGUUGAUUUCAGUCAAUCGGUGGCCAAAUAUCGGUGGAUGGGUAAAGGAAGGCUUGUUAGAUCAUUGGACGACCACGGUAAGAAGAUGUCGAGGAAAGCUGACGCCGAUUUGGGCAAAGGGAUCUACCAGAGGAACGACAAGCGUGAUAGAGAACAUACCUUCAAGAAGAGGGAACCUUCAAAACGUGAGAGGUUAUCGCCGGAACGUCGCAAGCAUUCACAUGCGAAGAAAAUGGAUCAACAACACCGUGACUCAAGUUCUGAACGCUUGGAACACCGGGGAUCUCGGGUACACCAUCAACAUCAAUCUUCCAGCAAUGGCAACAGGUCGUCACCACAGAGGAAAAGUUCUGAGAAUGUUCGUCGCCAAAGAGAUUCGCAUCAACGCGACCAUCCAGAUAUGCAGAGAAGUAAAAAGAGUCCUUUACAAUAUCGUAAGCAUGCUCUGAUAGAUAAUUCUGAAAUCUCUGAAAAUCGUGGUUCUCGUGUUGAAUCCGAAAAACGAUCUUCCCGCAGUGGGCGCGGUGUGCCACGCGAACGAGAAAGCCCCGAACGUGGUCGUCGCGUGGACCCGUUACGCCAGAUUGAAGAUCGUGAUCGAGUAAGUCCUUUGCGCCGUAAUUAUCAAGAUUUUCCCAAACAGAACCGCCAUGCUUCGCCACCACGAUAUAGAAGUCCGCAGCGAGAUAGUUCCACUUUGCAAUACCGGCAUAAAUCCUCGCGCACUUCAAGUGAUGCGAAUCGUGCCCCCGCAGAUGACAGAAGCCGUUCAUCUAAAAGAAAUAAACGUGAGGAUAGUCGCGAACGAGCGGAUGUUAUCAAAAGAGGACGUCAUCAGAGUCGUUCUCCUAGAAAGGCCGUAAAUAGCCCACGGCGUGAUUAUCAGCAAGACUACACCCAUGAUCGAUCAGUUUCUCCGAGCAGAAAUAGACGCCCUCUGAUUCCAGAAAGGCGGCGUAAGUCUUCAGAGAGGUCGAUUGAUGCUAAGUAUGACCGUGAAGAGAAGCAUCGUCAUCGGAGCAGGAGUAUUAGUAACAGCACUCGAAAUAGACGUGAAAUCAGCGCUGAAAGAUAUGCUGUUACGAGACCAAAGCGAAUCUCACCAGAAAAAGUUCGGCGAGAUGUUCCUAGGCAGAGAGAACGUGAAAGGUCACGUAGUCCUGGCCGUGUUCAUAGCGCACGGAAUUAUAAAAGGAAAUAAAUGUUCCGCAAGGCUUUACUUAAUUUAUGUUUUUAAAUUUCAUUCUGCAGCAUAUCUUAUUGUAAAAUUGAAUGAUGUUGUUAAGUUUCUAACUGCAUGUUCAAACGCAAACUACGUUCGAAUGUCUGUAUGAGUACAAAUUUAUUAAAUUUUUUAGAAAAA